GCUCUACAGUCUAUGCCUCCAUAGACAGUCUCGUUUUCCCUUCCAAAUAUAGUGGCCAUGCAUAAGCAAUAUACCUGAAAUGAAUACUUGCCAUGAAAGCUCUGUAUUACCGAUAUCUUAACGGCAUCGCUUGCGCGCCAGAAGGAGUAGCCGAGGAAAUGUUGUCGUCGGGCAGAUCACUGAGCGCAGCGCCUACCUUUGGCCUCCCUACACAUUUGCGAUGAAUGAAAGCCAUUAUACCAUUAUGGACCACGUGUAAAGCAGCCGGCGCGGGCAGGCCAUGCAUUUUCGCAUGACGAAUGCCUCUCUCUGGCGGGCAACCCCGCCCAAGCCGCCGGUGCCGCCGGUGCCUCCCGUGCCCUACGACGGCUUCAGCCCUGUGUGCUAUGAUAACAUGAACGCCGUCGGUGUGGAAAUUGCAAACCUGACUGCGUCUUCGGAGCUCACGUGCCGUGAGCUGUGCAAGCAGGAGACGCGCUGCAUAUACUACGUCUUCCAAGCCAGCGCAAGCGUCUGCAAGCUGCGUCAGGACAUCUUGGCCUUCGUCACUUAUACAGGCGGCGGGGGCUUAUACACUUCGGGUGCCACGAACUACAACACGGUCUUCACACUCGGCUACCGCACAUGCCUGCUGCGCACCACACACUUUGGCUUCACUUGUGCUCCCGACAACUAUGCUUUCAUCGACUCCACCAACGCCACCGGCAAGCUCCUCAAAACCAUCUCCGGCGUGUCCACCUACGCGGCCUGCCUGGCGCUGUGUGACGAGAACGCUUCCUGCAUGUUUGCGGUGUGGGACACGACCAGCACCGGCGGCGUGCCCACCUGCUACCUAGCAUCCAAUUGGAUGGCCGGGGGAGGGAGUUACAUGAGCGGGGCAUUCGUCAGCCGCUCCUGCUUCAAGGCAAACUACGGCCCCGCACCGCCCCGGCCUCCGCCGCCAUCGCCCCUUCCUCCGGUCCCCCGCCCGCCGUCUCCGUCGCCUCCCUCGCCCGCACCCAAACCGCCGUCGCCUGCGCCGUCACCUCGCCCUCCACUGCCCCCGUCGCCCGCGCCUCCUCCAGUCGGCGACGCCUGCCUCACCGACGCCGACAUCCUGGGCUGGCAGCUGCAGCGCCUCACCUCGGUGUCAUGGCCGGCCGGGUGCAGGGCUGCGUGCGUCGCCAACGCGGCUUGCACAUACUAUGUGCUGAACACCGAUGGAAGCUGCUCCCUGCGCUACCGAUUCAUCGACUCCUCCAGCACCCCGGAGCCGGGAACCACCGGCACCGUGAGAGUGGGCGGUACAAGCCCCUACAAUACUGGCGCGAUAUCUUGCUUCCUUCGCAGCAACAUCGACAUCUACCUGUGCUCCACGCCGGGCACCCCUAACGCAGUGAUGCAAAACGGCAACCCCUUCACCGACUCGACUCUGAACCAAUGUAUCAGCGCCUGCAAGAGCAGCAUCCUAUGCAGGUGGUUCACGUGGGACGAGCUAGUUGUGGGCAGUGGCCUGGGUAACUGCCACACUGGCGAAACCUGGGGUGACGUCAGCACGUACCUGAGCCUCGCUCAGGGCGGCCGGGACACCUCCUGCAUGAAGGUAUACACUACGUCGUAACCCGCGGGCACACGUGAUGCAUCAUCGACAUCAUCAUUAACAUCAUCAGCACCAUCAUCAUCAUUUGUUUGAUACUCGGGGCGCGGGUCGUUGUACACAUGUUUCGGAACAACUCGCGCAAUUGUACAGCAGCUACACUGCGGCCCACAUAUAGUGCGUUGGGAUUAUGCUUUAAUCUGUUUCCUGUGUAGUCUGCAUGUGUUUAGGUCUGCAUAUUUCUUGGUUUACGCUGUCAUCGUAAGUAAAUAAAGCCCUACCACCAGAUCGUGUGCACCUGUUGGGAGAGCCACUGCAGGGUGGAGAUUUCAUUGGCAGGCUUUGGGCUCACGCUUGGGGUUUCUUUUCUGCAAGGUUAUUACGUGUGAUGGGUUGCCCGACCUUUGCUCUUCCUGUUCGGCACUGCCAUCAAGUAUGCUGAUAUGGUUGCGAGGCGGGCCUUGGAGUGUGGGCUUACAUGCGGCAUGGUCACUAGCGGGUUUGCAGGUAGACCGUGCACGGGACAUGCCCCGCAAGCAACAAAGCUGUCGCAUCGCCAACAACCCCAUGUGCGGGGUGCGUCCAUGUAGGGGCAGUUGAGCGUGCGGUUCUGACUGGGUGCGGCAGCGGCGUAAGUGUUACUGCGGUGUUGCCGUUAGCUAGGGUGCACAUGACGGGAGGACGUGAAUGUGGCUAGUUUUGUGUGUGGCGCACAGGUUGACACGGCGGCACAGGCACUGUCCUGACUCUAGCUUGCAAUGCGCCCAGUUUG